AUGAUAAUUUUUAUAAUAGCAUCUGUGUAAUCGCUAGAUGUUCAGCUCAUCAAUUUGCAAUAGGUGUAUUAUAGUGUUCCAAUAACAGCCAAUAAUUUCACUUAUAAUUUAAUUGUGGACACAGGAAGCGAUACGCUUUGGAUAUUUGGAAAACAAAACGAUAGGAGAAAAUAUUAUGAAUGCAAUAAGUGUUAAGCGAUUAUGCAAAAGAGAUUAGACUAUGGUUUGGGAAGCAUCUAUGGUACCUAAUUCACACAAUUGUUCGAAUUCGGCAAUCAAUCACUCAAUUUAUCAGUUGUCGAAGUUGAGAGAGUACAAGAUUUAGAAUCUCUUAUUGCCGAUGGAAUCAUUGGUUUAAGCAAGUAGUAUCCUGAUUCGGAUGCCAAUCUUAUUGACCUCCUGUAUAAUCACACAAUCAUAGAUGUUAAAUAGUUCGGAUUAUUGUUGAGCGAUUAAAUCUGCUCUGCCAAUUCCUUGUUGACUUUAGGUAAGCCAAAUCCAUCUAAUUAUGUGGGACAACUCCAUUAUGUCAAUACUACAAGGAGUGAUCUAUGGAAUGUUUAUGCCAAUUCUGUCCUUGUUUCAAAUGACACUCACUAAUAUAUGUUGGAGUCAAAUAAAUAAUUAAUCUUGUUUGAUAGUGGCACAUCCAAAAUUAUGUUGUCGACCAGAAAGUUUCAUAGUCUGCAUAACAUUUUUAACGAUGACUAUAAUUUACAUUGCGAAUAAGUAAAACAUAAUUAUUUUCAUGAAUUAGUAUGUCAUUACACUACUCAAUUCCCACAUCUAAUUCUUAAUAUUAAUUCUUAAUUAAACCUAACCCUACUUCCCUAGGAUUACAUCUCCUAUUGCGGAUACAACUAUUUUUUGUAAUACAGGUGUUAUUUGAAUUUCUAAAACUUGGACAACGAUGACGAAAUCAUUCUCGGAGUAGUAUUUCUGCAGAAGUAUUAUACUCAUUAUGAUCUAGAAGCUAAAAAAGUAGGCAUUGCUCAAUCAAUCUACUAUAGCAGAGACAAGGUAAGUUUGGGUGAAUUGGGGAAUCAAUACAAUUAUAACAUGCUCUACCUUUCGUUGAUGUCUGUUCCCAUAUUAAUGUUGGUGAUGAUUCUGAGUUUGAAUAUCAUAAGAAUGAAGUAGACUGCAGAUGAGAUAGCCUAGAGCAAUGAGGGUGGUCGUCAAUCGAGAGGGUAGGAAUAAGAAAUGGAACCGAUUACAUUUUCGGUUUAAUCGGUAAGAUGA